AUGUUUAACUCAGUGAAUCUGGGCAACUUCUGCUCCCAGUCGCGUAAAGAGAGGAGCGCUGAGUUUGGAGAGCGGGCGGGUUGCGCUUCCAACCUCUACCUCCCCAGCUGUACCUAUUACGUCCCCGAAUUUUCAACUGUGUCAUCUUUCCUGCCACAGGCCCCCUCUCGCCAAAUCUCCUACCCGUACUCCACCAACCUCUCGCAGCCCGUGCGAGAGGUCUCCUAUGGUCUAGACCCCUCCAGUAAAUGGCACCAUAGAAGCAAUUACGCGUCGUGUUAUUCCGCAGAAGAUCUGAUGCAUAGAGAGUGCAUCCCGCCUUCCACCAUGACCGAAAUGCUAAUGAAAAACGAGAGCGCGUACAGCCACCACCACCCCAGCUCCAACCACCCGGCACCGACGGGAUUCUACGGCGGCAUGAACAAAAACACGGUCCUGCCCCAAGGCUUCGACCGCUUCUUCGAAAACGCGUAUUGCGGGGCGGAAAACCCGACCGAGAGCUGCGGGCAGAAGGGAGAGGGCAAAGGGGAGGCUGAGCCCCAGAGCCACGCGCUGUCAUCCCGCGGAGAGACGGGGAUGGACCCGGAAGACGAAGAGGAGAACACAACUCCCGGCUCUUCAGCCUCGUCCUCCUCUGUCAACAAGGAAGGAAGCAAAAGCAGCAAUUCGAGUGCUCCCCGAACGAGGAAGAAGAGGUGCCCCUAUUCGAAAUUCCAGAUCAGAGAGCUGGAGAGAGAAUUCUUCUUCAAUGUCUAUAUAAACAAAGAAAAGAGGCUCCAGUUGUCUCGGAUGCUGAAUCUCACUGACCGACAGGUUAAAAUCUGGUUUCAGAACAGAAGGAUGAAAGAAAAAAAAUUAAGCAGAGACCGCCUGCAGUAUUUCUCUGGAAAUCCCUUAUUGUGA